AGGUGAUGAAACUCGGAAGAAGAGAAGGGGAAGAGAAGAUGCGUGGAGCUGCCAUUGCAGAGAUCGGCAUCAACCAUGGGAAGAGCUGCCCAGAAAACCCUCCUCUCUUUACUCUGCAUAACGGCAGUGGUUUGUGCAGAUAAAGACACCUGCCCAGAUGUAAGAAUAGUGGGUCUCAGUGGUUCUGAGAAACAUACUGUUCUCCAGGGCUGCCCUGGGAUUCCUGGAGCUGCAGGUCCCAAAGGAGAACCCGGAGUUGCGGGAAUGAAAGGAGAUAAUGGAGCCCCUGGAGCCUCAGCAACAAUAGGCGAGAAACAGCUGGACGAUGCCCUGUGCAGGAAAGGUGCACGGGACUGCAAGCAGCUGUUAAGCGAAGGGAAUUCUCUGAGUGGCUGGUACACCAUUUUUACGCAGGACUGUGUUGCCAUGACUGUGCUGUGUGACAUGGACACGGAUGGCGGGGGAUGGAUUGUUUUCCAGAAACGGGUGGAUGGUUUGGUGGAUUUUUUCCGCGAUUGGAAUUCGUACAAGAGAGGUUUUGGCAGUCGGCUGUCAGAAUUCUGGCUGGGGAAUGACAAUAUUCACCUGCUGACGUCAAUUGGAACCCAGGAACUGCGCAUUGAUCUCAGGGAUUUUGAAGACAACCGUGUAUUUGCCAAGUACAAGUCAUUCAAAAUAUUAGGGGAGACUGAGAAAUACAAGCUGAUCCUUGGAGACUUUCUUGGUGGGACUGCAGGGGAUUCUCUAUCGGUUCACAAGGGCAUGGCCUUUUCAACCAAGGACGGUGACAAUGAUCAGAGCACAGACAACUGUGCUACAGACUGCCUGGGGGCCUGGUGGUACAAUGGAUGUCAUCACUCCAACCUGAAUGGGUUUUACUGGCGGGAGAGACAAGAGAAGCAUGCUACUGGCAUAAACUGGUUGGCAGGAAAAGGUCACGGCUAUUCCUAUAAGUUCUCUGAAAUGAAAUUUAGGCCGGUUUAGCCCAGCUGGAGGACCGCUGCAGGCUGCUCCCACUGAGGUGAGCAUUCAGCUCUGAUCAGGCUACAAAGGACUUUUGUCCAUGUGAAGAUUUAGUUUACGGCAAGCUGGGGUGUGAACCUACCCCUCGCUCGCCUGACACGCACUAACCGUGGACCCUCCUGACACCCACUAACAGUUCGUUAGUGCACGUUGAAAGGGGAGUAGGUUGAAGCACACUAAUGAACCGUUAGUGUCCAUCAGCAGGGGCCACACAGAUAGUGUGUGGCAGGCUAUUGUGAGGUAGACUCGCAUCCCAGCUUGCUGCAAAUGAAAUGUUCAUGUAGGCAAGCCCUUCGAUGGUUUUUUCGCCAUAUGUAUGUUUGUUUUUAAUGCACGUUCUGUGUUUUUUGUGGACAGGGUCUCCCCUGCCUGAGGGUGGGAGAUACUCACCUCAUUUUGCAGCCACUACUUUUCACUUGAUCGUUUCUCAUCCAUUUCCACCUGCGGCCACCACUGAUAGCACAGCGCCUCUCCAGCUAACGGAGCUGCCCCAGGCACCCACUGGAACACAGGUGAAGAAGAGAGAUCAGAGUUGUGAGGAGAGCACUGGGUGGCUCCCUCCUCUUCCUGAGACACCAAGUUUGUCACGUCUGCCAUCAAAUCCAUCUCCAGACACUCGGGGAACGGAAAUCCUAAAAUGGUCUAAAAACCAGGCUGGUGCCCUGCCUAGCUGUGUCCUCCCUUGCCACUGCAGGUGCUACCACCCCUUCAUCAAGUGACCGUGUGCUGUCAGGACUUCUGCUCUCCUGGCCGGAUCCGUUUUGAAAAGUUGAACUGUUUGUGUUCUUCUCUCAAGUGCUUUUUUUUUAAGGCGCAAUUAAUAUUAAUAUGGUUAAGAUGAGAGAUGGGCCCACGCUUUCAAAUUCAGAUUUGGAUCUGAACGUCUCCAAAUUUCAGAGCUGUUCCGUUCUGUGAUCCUGGUUUUAAUCCAUCUCUUGCUGUGAUUUCCCGACUGUGAGAAAGAAAACAAAUGUUGUUCCGCUUGGAGAGCAGCUUCCUCUUAAUGCAAGUAAUGUGUACGCAACAUGGUAACAAUUAGGAGUUUUUCUGUGUAAUGCACCUUUAAAUAUCUAGGUGUCUGCAGUCUAUGGAGAGCUACCUUUUUGUGUUUGGUUCAGCUGCAGACUUUAAGGAACAGAAGCAAACACUGUGCUCUGUCUCCUGGAGACUUUGCUUUUGUUCUUUCUUCUCUUAUUAUUUUCCCUUCUUCUAAAAUAAAAGCCGUUUAGACUGCAAA